CCCUGGCUGCCAUCUUGCCUGUUUUGACCUGCACACUCCCUCCCAUAGACGCUCCUAUGGGGCAAAAAGAGAAGGAAAAGGAACCAGUGAAAAUGUUACAAAAUGCAAUUAAUGCAGUCAACACCGUGGUCCAAGGACCCUAUGAGAUAGGAUGUCUCCUGUGCAGGUGACAGCCAAGUUCUUGUUCUCAAAGGAUGAAUUGAAGUCCAGCUGACCUAUCUGACAGGCAGGUCAAGGGAUUAAAACCAGCCAUUUCUAUGGAAGAAAUGUGUUUUUUUCAAAAUAGCAGCCGAGUGAUCGGGGCGGACAUUUCCUGAUUUGGCACAUCCACGUGGCUGCCAUUUUGUGACCAAGCUCAUAGCACUUCCUUGCUAUUUGGGACAUGCUCACGAGCUCAGAACGGGGGAGGGGGGACAUUUAGCCAGCAAUUACAUGGACCCACAUUUUCUGGAAAUCUCAGCCUUCCAUUUAAGUAUUAGAGGGCUUUGACCCCUCUGUGUUAUGAGGUCACUCUUGGUAUCCUUCAGUCCAUAGUUUCAUAGCUUUCUUUGGCACAAUUCUAUAUAUUGGGUGUGGAGGGGAGCAUUGGCCUGGAAGAGGGGGCUCGGAUUUGCCUUGCGGAGGUGCCCUGCACCACAAAGGAGGUGCGAUGUGCCCAAUGGAGCAAAGAGGCAACUUGAUCUGUCUUAUAUCAUUGCACCCCACAAUUUCCUGCACAUUUGCAAAAGGCUGAAUGGGCUUCAGCACAGGCUUAGCACGUGUACACGAGGCUAUGGCAACUGGGUGGUUGUGUGAAACAGGUUCAAAGGGGUGUUUUGCUAAUGAGCCGCUUUUUAACGAGAUGGGUGGUGACAAAUUUGAUAUAUAAAUAAAAAAAUAAAUAACGCCUUCGCCAGCAUGAAACACUCUCCCAAAGAUCUGGAUGGACGGACAGAUAGAUCGAUUUGCGUGUGUGUGUGUGUGUGUGUGUUUUGUGCAUGAGAAAAAGAGAGAAAGUGUGCACAGUGCUAAAUCUUUGGCUUAGCUUCUCCUAUCCUGCUUUGUGAAAGAUUUUCCCUGGCAAAAGUCCACUUAAAUUCGGGGAAGAGGAUUUAAAGGGAUAUUACCAGACUAUGUCAUAGCCAUUAAAAAAAACAUACACCCUGCAAAAAGACAUGAUCUCAGCAGAUUGUUAUUGCUUACAGUGAAUUGUGUUGUCUUUAAUGUGGAAUCAAGACUUUUCAUCUUUCAAGAAAUGGUUUUCAUCUCUGAUUGCCUCCUAAUUGAUGUCUCGUAAUCCCUCUUUCUUGCCUCCUCCCCCCACUCCAUGCCAAAAUGUGUUUCUGUUCUUAGAAUAUUUCUCUGCUUUACUCUGCAGUCUUCAUCUCGACGAGCUGGUCUUUGCUGCACUAAUUGUCACACAACCAACACAACCCUCUGGAGAAGGAAUGCAGAAGGGGAACCCGUGUGCAACGCCUGCGGAUUAUACAUGAAACUCCAUGGGGUGCCAAGACCUCUGGCAAUGAAAAAGGAAAGCAUUCAGACCAGGAAGAGGAAACCUAAAAAUAUCACUAAAGGCAAAUCCUCAACAAAUGGUUCCACAACUUCCACCACCAACUCUCCUUCCUCACUUCCGAACUCAGACAGCACAGUCACUUUAAAAACUGAACCCACCGUCACAUCACAAUAUCAGGGACAAUCAAUAGUGUCAACUUCCCAGGGACCAAGUCAUUCUGAAAACGUCCUGGCAGACCACCAUCCCCAGUUCAAGUAUGAGCCAGAAGAUUACACCUUCUCGUCAUCCGCCAUGCCCCAGCAGUCGGGACUAAGCGUUGCCCCCCGUCAAGACUCAUGGUGCGCGUUGGCCCUGGCCUAGGCAGCCAGUUUUCCAUUCUGAAGCCAGGAAAGAGGCUACAGAAGAAUGCCUUCGAUCCCCCUUCAAGAUCACUGGAGAGCAGACAAAGACUUCCCGGCUGUAAUCCUUUGGAUCUGUCCGGUUUCUUGUAAUCAGCAUGGUUCUCUGUUCCUCAAGGCUGAUAAAUUUCUUCUUCCCUGCGGAGGCUGCAGCAUGCGGUCCGCUGCCACCAACUCUGUUGGCCCUCUGAAUUUCUGAAAGUUGAUAUCCUUUCGCCAAUCAAAGGAAGGGACUGGGAGCUCCGACCUCAGGCACAAGUCUCCCUCUCUCCCUUCUCUUGAGAUCCAUCCAAAAGAAAUAGAAUCUAUGUUUUGUUCACGGUGAUUCUUCUCUUCCUCCCCACCCCCUUUUUUUUAAUGACUCCCUUGUGUGCAAUUUUACUCCACUUCCUAAUAAAGACUAUGCUAGCAUAUGA